AUUGCAGAGUUCGAAUCGAUUGUGACAGCCAGAGCACUUGUGAUUCAUGACCUGGUUUGGUUCAUAAUGGAGCUGAUUCAGGGGGCGUUUUGAAGUGACUUUUUCUUCACACGAGCUCUUUGUCAACAAGUUUCCUCCUCCCUCUUCUUCUUCUUCUUCACAGAAAAAGUCACGGGCUGCAAAAACUUGAGCAAACUUCACCCCAGCACAGUCUACACGGUAACAUGGCUGGACGUGUGAGCGCAAGUUUGCUGAAUUCAUUAGGCAGGGGAACUAUUCUUUUUAAAAACAAGAAAUGCUUGCGCAGAAGUGUUGUUUUCAUCUCCCGGUGUCACGCGAGGUCUCUGUCCAGCAGCAGCAUCAGCGCGGCUCAGCCGGACCUCAGCUCGCAUCUCGCUGGAAGAAACUACGCGGAUUUAUAUGAACUGUCAGUUAAAGAUCCAGAAAACUUUUGGGGGUCCAUCGCCAAGGAAAGGCUGGCAUGGACCAAACCUUUCGACCAAGUGUCAGACUGUGAUAUUUCCAGCGGGAAAAUCAACUGGUUUCUUGGAGGGCAACUGAAUGUCUCUGUGAAUUGUUUGGAUGUACACGUGGCAAAUAAUCCAAGCAGAGUGGCCUUGAUUUGGGAGAAAGAUGAACCUGGCACAGAGGAAAGGAUCACAUACAGGGAGCUUCUGGAGAUGACAUGUCGCCUUGCCAAUACAUUAAAGGGUCACGGAGUGCAGAGAGGAGAACGAGUGGCCAUCUACAUGCCUGUGUCUCCUAUGGCAGUGGCAGCCAUGUUGGCCUGUGCCCGAAUUGGUGCCGUACACACUGUGGUGUUUGCAGGCUUCAGCUCAGAGGCUCUGGCUGGCAGAAUUCAGGAUGCCCAAUGCAAGUUUGUUAUUACAUGCAACCAAGGUGUGAGAGGUGGCCGUGUCUUCGAUCUGAAGUCUACAGUGGAUAAAGCUGUAAAGAACUGUCCCUCUGUCCGACAUGUGUUUGUGGCCAAGAGAACUAACAACAGUGUGCCGAUGGGAAAACUAGACAUUCCAUUAGAAGAGGUGAUGGCGGAGCAGUCUUCAGAGUGUGCUCCAGAGCCCAUGGAGAGUGAGGAGAUGUUGUUCAUGCUGUACACCUCGGGCAGUACAGGGAAACCCAAGGGCAUCGUUCACACACAGGCCGGUUACCUGCUUUACGCUUCCCUCACACAUCAGUAUGUGUUUGACUACACACCUGGAGAUGUGUUUGGCUGUGUUGCUGACAUCGGUUGGAUUACGGGUCACAGUUAUGUGGUUUACGGACCACUGUGUAAUGGAGCCACUUCUGUUCUGUUUGAGAGCACACCUGUAUACCCCAAUCCAGGCCGUUACUGGGAGACUGUUCAGAGGUUAAGAAUAAACCAGUUUUAUGGAGCUCCAACUGCCAUCAGAUUACUGUUGAAAUAUGAAGAGAGUUGGGUGAAGAAAUAUGAUAGGUCAUCUCUGAAGACACUUGCAUCUGUUGGAGAGCCCAUUAAUCACGAGGCAUGGGACUGGUUCCAUAAUGUGGUCGGGGAUGGACGAUGCCCCCUGGUGGACACAUGGUGGCAGACAGAAACUGGUGGUGUGUGUAUAGCUCCACUUCCAGCUGAACCUGGAGCAGAGAUCCGGCCUGCCAUGGCUAUGAGACCCUUUUUUGGAAUCAAGCCAGAACUACUAGGGGAGAAGGGACAGAUAAUAACAGGAAAUGAUGUCAACGGGGCUCUGUGCAUUAGCCAACCAUGGCCUGGAAUGGCAAGAACCAUUUUUGGAGACCACCAGAGAUUCGUGGAUGCAUAUUUUAAACCGUACCAAGGUCAGUAUUUUACGGGUGAUGGGGCGUACCGUACUGAAGAUGGUUACUACCAGAUCACAGGACGAAUGGAUGAUGUCAUCAAUAUUAGUGGGCAUCGUCUGGGCACCGCUGAGAUAGAGGAUGCACUGGAUGAACACCCAGAUGUUCCUGAGACCGCAGUGAUCGGGAUUCCCCAUGAGAUUAAAGGAGAAGUUCCAUUUGCAUUUGUAGUUUUAAAAGAAUCUGCUGCUGAGAACCAACAGGCUGUUGUGGAUGAGCUGCGACACCUAGUGGCCACUAAAAUAGCUAAAUAUGCCGUUCCUGAUCAUUUCCUGGUUGUGAAGCGUCUUCCUAAAACACGCUCUGGAAAAAUCAUGAGGAGAAUCUUGCGAAAGGUCGCCGUGCAGGACACAAGCAACCUAGGGGACGUGUCCACGCUGGAUGACCCCUCCGUCGUUUCAGAGAUCAUCAAGGCCCAUAAACACUACAGAAGUCUUGCAGCUAAGCAGUAGAAAGACUCUUGGGAAACUGUCACAUUAAGAAUGAGGAGCUAUGAAUGUCAUACUGUGAUGACAGGGAAUCUAUUCAAGUAAUCCACAUGUGAAUGAGAGAGCAGUGUAUGCUAGCAGCAACGCAGAAUGCAAUUACCGGUUAAGUGCCUUCAAAUGUUGUGAAACAUGCACAUGAAUCCCUCCUAAACUGGAUGUUAGUCCUUGUAAGACAUCUUUUUUCUGCAUUAAUCGUGACACUUUUUACACAGUAUUUUUUUCUUGUAACCAGAGACUCUGAGAGAUAUGCUGCAAAACAUCAGUAUUUUUUUGAUAGAUGAUUUUAUUUUAAGGUACUCAGUCCAGUUUGUGUCCAUGCAAAUCUCACCCUUCUCAUUUUCUCCUGUUUUCAUUCAAGACUUUGCCUUUACUUCCUAAUGCUCAACACAAGAUCAAUGUGAUAUUAUUCAUUUUAAACAAUAUCACAAGUUCACCGUAUUCUCUUUUUCCUAGAAGAAAACAGAUCUAUUUUAAAGGUUUUGAAAUAAUAUUUUGUCUGGCUGUUAUUUUACCUCCAUAUUAAAUGUAAUGUAUGCAGGCACUGCUAUAGGAUUUAAUAAAACACCUCUUUGCCACAACAGCUUGUCUAAACACUUUUCCAAUACAGCUUGACUCAAAACAAACUGUCGAUGUAUUUAUGCUUUUACAGAUUAAAUCAAAUAUUAUGAACCCUC